GUUCCCGGGGAGGCCGUGAUGGGUUGACAGGUGCGUGACAGUCGGCGCUCUCCGCAGGCAGCAUGUACGGCAAAGGCAAGAGCAACAGCAGCGUCCCGUCCGACGGGCAGGCCCGGGAGAAAUUAGCGCUGUACGUAUAUGAGUAUCUGCUCCAUGUAGGAGCACAGAAAUCAGCGCAGACGUUUUUAUCAGAGGUAUAUGGGAAAAAAAACAUCACACUGGGGGAGCCCCCAGGAUUCUUGCACUCCUGGUGGUGUGUAUUUUGGGAUCUCUACUGUGCAGCUCCAGAAAGACGAGAAACCUGUGAACAUUCAAGUGAAGCAAAAGCCUUUCAUGACUAUAGUGCUGCAGCAGCUCCCAGUCCAGUGCUAGGAAACAUUCCCCCAGGAGAUGGCAUGCCAGUAGGUCCUGUACCACCGGGUUUUUUUCAGCCUUUCAUGUCCCCUCGGUACCCUGGAGGUCCAAGACCACCUUUAAGAAUACCCAAUCAGGCACUCGGAGGUGUCCCAGGAAGUCAGCCAUUAUUGCCUAGCGGGAUGGACCCAACACGGCAGCAAGGGCAUCCAAACAUGGGUGGGCCAAUGCAGAGAAUGACUCCUCCAAGAGGAAUGGUUCCUCUAGGACCACAGAACUAUGGAGGUGCAAUGAGACCCCCACUGAAUGCUUUAGGUGGCCCGGGGAUGCCUGGAAUGAACAUGGGCCCUGGGGGUGGUAGACCUUGGCCAAACCCAACCAAUGCCAAUUCUAUACCUUAUUCUUCAGCAUCUCCUGGGAACUAUGUAGGUCCCCCAGGUGGUGGAGGGCCACCAGGAACACCUAUCAUGCCUAGUCCAGCAGAUUCAACCAACUCUGGAGACAACAUGUACACUUUAAUGAAUGCAGUACCACCUGGACCCAACAGACCUAAUUUUCCAAUGGGGCCAGGGUCAGAUGGACCUAUGAGUGGACUGGGUGGAAUGGAUUCACAUCAUAUGAAUGGAUCAUUAGGCUCAGGAGACAUGGACAGUAUUUCCAAAAACUCUCCCAGUAAUAUGAGCAUGAGUAAUCAGCCUGGCACUCCCAGAGAUGACGGUGAGAUGGGUGGAAACUUCCUAAACCCUUUUCAGAGUGAGAGUUACUCCCCUAGCAUGACAAUGAGUGUGUGAUCCGUUAACAAGUCUCGUCAUGAAGACCACAGUGAGUUGGCCCUCUUCAGAGAGUUACUGCAGAAGAAAAUUAUUCGUCCCAGUGUACAGUUUAACAAAAGGAUCUCAAACACAAUCAGACCCACAUUUUUUUUUCUACCAUCUCCCCUGUUUUGUCAAGAAAGUGGGUCCCAAACAUGAUUGAGAUAACCAUAAAGAGUGGCAUAACAGAUCUGCCCAAGAUGGAACUGCAAUUAUCUGUGUAUGUACAUGUGUGGGUUAAUGUAUGUAUGUGUGUGUGACACAGAAAUACACACAUACAUAUAUAGACCUGCAGGACAUUUUAAAACAUUAUCACGUCAUCUUAAGUAGAAAUGAGAAGUAGGGACUUCUAUUCCAUCUUUUUUUUUUCACGUUUACAUUCUAAUUUUUAAACUUUGCUUUCCCUCUCCCCUCCUGAAUUGUUUUAUGUUGCAUAUAUCACUGCUUUAUAAGUUAUUUUUAAAGUGAACUCAAAUGAUAAAUUCUUCUGAUUUUGUAAAUGUCUGCCAUUAUGGAUAGGAAUAAAACUGCUUAUAAGAGCUUUC